AUGAGUCUCAAAGAGCAGUUGGGCAUCAACAAGCCUCCAGCAUGUCAAUGGUAUAACGUUUUCUCUUGGCCGGCGCGAGCGAAGUUCACUGCGUAUGGUUUGGCAUUGGGCAUCGUUUCCCACGUGUCUUUCAAUUACUACCGGCGCCGGCCAUAUUAUGCAGGAUUGCCUACGUCUUUGGCCUAUCUGAUAACUAUUCCGUUGAUUGGAUACGGAAUAGGAACCUACCGGGAUUAUCAUAUGCGAGUUCGCGAUGCUGUCGUUGAGCAUUACAUGGAACUGCAUCCGGAAGAUUUCGAACAAUUGAAAGGCAGUGAACGAAAAUGGAAAGACGUUUUCCUGCCUUGGAUUCCGAUUCGUUACUAUGAACAGCCGAUCAAAUGGGCGCCUAAAAACAAGUUCACCAUCUUAAAUCGUCCCAAGGCAUGCCCCGACUGA